AUGAACUUUAAUCCUCGCUUUGAGGAAAUUGGAAACGCCUUUAUUCAGCAUUAUUAUGGCAUAUUCGAUGCAGCGAAUCCAAAUGGUCGUGGUGCCGGCCUGGUGGAUUUAUACGAUCCAGUCAAUUCCUAUAUGACAUUUGAAGGCGUACAAGUGAAAGGGCGAGAUGCAAUAUUGCAGAAAUUUGUUGUAAGCCAAUUUGCCGGAAAUGAUCGUUUUGAUGUAUGA